AUGGAACAUUUAGAGCAAUCCGGUAUACCAGCAGUGGGUAAACAUUUUCCGGAAAUUUCUUUAUAUAAUUUUAAAAGAAAAAUGAUAAAUUCGAGGAAAAAGAAGGAACAAAAGGAACUUGAAAAACGCAUUGCGGAUGACAAUACCGCUUAUUUCGCUGUGCCAGCAACGGAUCAGCACUAUGUAAACAAUUUAACAUUACGUGUGUCGGAAGAACAAAAUCAACAAGUAUGA